GUGAAACUACCAAAAACCCAUGGGGAAUUAUACAAUCACUUUCCUGCUGUGGCAUCAAGAAAAAAGUUCGAAACAUUCUCUAUGAUCAUCUGAAAGAUCAGAUUCCAUUUGCUGAUGAAGGUGUGCAUUUAGACUAUCCUCCCGAAAGAGUCGAAGAUAGAUUAACUGCGAUCGAACAGCGGCAUAAAGCUUUAGAAUUUCUUCUUCAAGAUUAUGUAGUUAAUGUUAACAUUCUUUUCGAUAAAGAUUUUAACAGAAUUCAUAAUUAUUCAAAAACCAAAGACGAUAAAUUAUUAAAAGUAGAAGAAUUAGAGUAA